UUCAUUCAUCACACUAAACACUGUUUGGCAGACAUGCAGAGAAUAGACUGCAGUAGUCACUGACUAACUAGUGGAAAAAAUGAUAACAUAAAACAGCAGGACUGAAGAAAACAUGGUUUCAUUUUGGCAGUGAACCGUCACAUCAGGAACUAAAUUACUGCUGCAGAUAUAAGGAUCAAGAAGUAUGGAGCACUCCAGUCUAGUCAGAUGUGACAGCCUGGAUGCAGGAUCAGGGUGUGAUGGGGAGGCGAUCGACCACAUGGCCCUUGACCGUGAUGGCACUGACCACACAGCAAACUUCGAGCCUUCACCAGCAGAACUGGCUCAGUGUGAGGCUGAAGUGGGCACACUGCUCAGCAUCAUUGCUGAGCUGAACAAGAAGAUGGGGUCAUUAAAGGCACCAAGUGAACCAGAGGACCUGAGACCACCACAGCCAUCCAGGCCUCUGGUUCCAGACCUUCUGUCCCACAGGCUGCCCAGAAGCAGCCCAGAGAGCAACACGGCCUCUGCCACAUCUAAACCUCCACUGCCUGGCCGAGGGGCCGGUGGGGUAGUGUGGACAAAACUCCAGGAGGUUUUAUCAUCAGUGGAGGACUCCAUCAGCUGUAAAAGGUCCUGGGCCGCCCCCAUCACAGCUUCUGACCAGGACAAGCACAACGAGCAUCUGAGAGCAGCCCAGGAGAGCUGGGUUAAGGCCACUCAGAUAUUGGAAGACAUGGAAAGAGAGUUUGGGAUUUCUUGCCCAUCAGGCUUGCCAAAGUACCAGUAUCAGGGCGACAUCCUGAGUCUGGAGAAGCGUGACUCUGCUCUCAGAAGCACCUUGCAGAGUCACCAGGAGGAGCUGGAUAAGGCACAAAGCACCAUCAGCCAGAUGGAAGAGGAGAAGAACAAGCUGGUUGGUCUCCAUAAGGCCUUGAGGUCAAGCAGUCGCUCUCCUCCCUACCGGCCCACUGCUGGAGCUCUCAGUCCAGACUGGGCCUCUCCUCCCUUUCCUGGUUCACCUUUACCCCACAGAAGAGCUGUAACACCUCUCUCUCUGGGUGGGGAUGGUUCUCCACUGGGCUCUGUUAAGUCAUGCAGUCCUUGUCCCAGCCCUAUCAGCCUGGAGUCUGAGACAGAGCGACUGAACAGGUGCAUUGAGAGGCUGAGGGCCAGAAAUGAACGGCUGACUGCAGCUCUGGAGCGAAAGAAGGGAGAGUCAGAACUGAUCAGUAUUACACUAAACAGACUUGAGGCUGACUGCUCUGCCCUGCAGAUGGCUCUCAGAUACUGUGAGGACUGUGAAGAGGCCUACAGCGAGCUGCUGUCACUUUAUGACGCCAAGAAGCAGCAAAGCAUUCCUCUGCAGACAGACUCAGCAGCUGUCUGUGACAGGCAACAGCCAGACAGUCCAUCAGCGCAGCUCAAGAAAAUGGGAACUGAAGAGCUGUCCACCUCCUUCUCAACAGCAGGGGUCACAGAGGAGACGGAAACACAGACCCAUGCAAGGCAGAGGACCGAGUUGGUGGAGCGAGAGACAGUUCUCCGUCAGCAAAUUGAACGCUUGAAGAGGGACCGGGCAGCCCUUUGUCUACCUAAGCCAAGCUCAGGAUUUGAGGGCAAAAUGAACGCUGAAACUGCUCAUCCGGCUGGAUCAAGAGAGGGACAUGUGACUAAAGAUAACGCCAAACCUCCUGAUAUCAAGAAAGAGAAGGCUUCCCUCUUCUAUGAACUCAUCUCUGUCAGGGAGGAGAUGUCAGAUCUGCGCUCUCUAAUCCGUUUCAAGGAGAAAGAGCUGAGGUGUCUGGAGUGGAGUUUAAUGGCCCAGAAGGCCCAGGGAUCAGGUGGAGCUUACGUUCCAGAAAGUCUCAGAGAGGAGCUGGAGGAUCGUAGGACAGAACAACAGAGGCUCUGUGAAAGUGCAGCUAAACUGGGUAGUGAUGGGGACAUCGUUGUGUCUCAAACUACACCCAUUCUGAAAGAGCUGCAGGCUGUCCUGCAAAGAGAACAAGCCCUGAAGAGGAGACUGGCUUUAGUCCAUGACUCCCUAAAUGCAGCUCUGUCAGACAGCACCUCCCACAAAAGAGACAACGGAGAGCAGAUUGCUCGGCUCACACAAGCUCACAGUAAAGCCUUGAGUUCAUACCGGCAGAUUCGCAGAAAGUACAGGGAGCAGGUGUGGAGGCUGGAGCAGAAAGUGGCAGCCAUGACGGAGAGUCACCACCACCAGAGUGGAGCACCGAAAGCAGGAGAAGAGGCCCUAGAGUGGAGGAGGGAAGAGACUGUUCUGUGAUCCUAUGAUCCUUCAGUCAGAGAAUCCACCACUUUGGUUGAAACUGAAAAACAACUGUUGAAUGGAUUGCCAUGAAAUAGUACAGAUAUCUAUUGCUCCCAGAGGAUGAAUCAUAACGACUUUGGUAAUACCCAAAUUUGUCCUCUAGCCCUACCAUGAGGUUGACAUUUGUGCUUUGAGUGAAAAUUCAGAUAUCAGAUGGACUGCAAUGAAACACACAUUCAUGUCCUACUCAGGAUGAACUCUAAUAACUUUGGUGUCUUUUCAUAGUUUUAUCAUCGGGUCAAACUUUCAGUUUUUCCAGUCAUUUGGUUUAUGACCCAAUUCCUGCUAAACUAAUAACAUUUUGUGUUUAUUGCUAGGUUUCAAAAUUCUACAAGUGAAUAUUGUAAACAUCACACCUGCUUAACAUCAGCAUGUUACCAUUCUCAUUGUGAGCGUAUUAGCACGCUGAAAUUAGCAUUCAUCUCAAUGCACCACUGUGCCAGUGUACAGCCUCAUAGAGCUGCUAGCAUGGCUGACUGUCAGUCUUGUUAAUAAGAUAUGUUAAGAAGUUAUUUUUAAUUUACUUUACGUACUCCAUCCUAUUCAUCCACCUGUUUUUUUUCUAUUUAUCUGUCAACCCAUCAGUGACAUCUACAGCAGUAAGUUGAUUCUCAUUACCUCUUGAGAGGUAAAUAUAUGUAUGUUUGUAGAGCAGUAGAACAUGGAAAGCAGUCAGUUCUGCAUUUUCCACCAGCUUAACAAGUCUAACAGGACUCACACGUCACAAGACACAUGCCUUAUUUCAGAGAAACAGCUGUCAUGCAGUCAUGAAUGGGGAAGGCUGACGUCAAGGACAGAAUUCACUGAGGACCUUGGGACAAACCUUGAGAACACACAUGUCUUUUUUCCCGUACAAACUAACUCUAUAAAGCCCCUCCUGGCCGACCCUGCUGUCAUGACAAAGCUCUGUGAAGGGGGAUGGGGGCAGGACAAUGGCACACAUGAUGUGCACACAAAAUGUACGGCCAGCUCUUUUGUCUUCUUAGCUCUUUCAUAGUUCUGUCCAUCUUCCUCUUUCUGCCUUUCACUGAGUCCACUUCCACUGAACGAUCAGUUCACCCAAAUUACGCUGAAAACAUAUUUUCAUACUUAUUUCUAGUAGCAAAAGUUUUAGAUUUCUCAGAUCCUGUGUGACAUUUUCCUUCAUCACAAUAAGCAUGGACACUUAUUUUGAGUCAAUCACACACUGCUCAUCCUCUAGGAUAUUUGGUUAUUUUUUGUAGAGUUAAAAGCCUUCUCCACCAUUUAAUCAUUGCUGCAGAACCAGAGAUCUCAUUCGUCUUCCUUGUUAAAACCUGCUGACUACAUUUCCCAUGAUUCAACACAACUGCCAACAGUUUGGUUGGAGAUCCGGGUGUGUAAUGUUAGUAGUGGCUAAUGUAGCUUCAAGGCUAGACUCAAGCAGAGAUGAAGAGGAGUGGACUACAGAGUUCUGGUUAACGUACUACUUUCUAACCCCCAGAUUUUUUUCAUUUUCAGACCUGUAGUUUUCAGCUCCAACUGACACUGACUCUAGUGACAUCACUUGAGACAUUUUAUCAGACUUCACGCAGCGCCCUCUUGAAACACCAAUGGCUUUAUCCAACGUUUUUCACAUGUGUAUUAAAACUCAACCACACAUGUAAACAAACUUUGAUCUGUAAAACCCGUGCAAUUCCAAUUUUAAGGAAAAGUUUUGGACAGAAAUUGGAAAAAAAGUGAUUACUAUAUAUAAAAAAAUAAUAAAAAUACUGUAUUAUAAGUUAACUGUUUAAAUAUGUGAUUAGUUUAAAUACAAAUGUAUAUGUAUUUAUGUUCUCCUUUAAAACUUUGUUCUAUAUCACGUUGUAUUUAUGUUACUGUCACAUGUUGUUGUUUCCAGAUUUGAGAAAACAAUUUAAAAAAAUUAAGUAUUAAGAUAUUAACACACAUCCUUUAUAUGAGUGUGAGCACCACAAAUAUAAAAAUUCCUUUCAACUCAUUGUAUUAUAUAUGGAGGUAGAAAUCCCUAGGACGCGUAUCUCAAAAUCUGUACAAAUGAAACCAAAAUUAUCUGUACAGACAGAUACUAAUGAACGUAAUUGAGAAAAUGUGUUUGUUUUUUUAUUUGAGUGAAUGGACCCUUUAAAAACCCAGCUUAAUCUUACUCUCUCUUCAUCCUUUGCUCUUCACCUCUCAUUCACCUCCAUUUUCCUGCCUUUAUGCUCCAUCUUCUCGCCACUCAUCUCUCAAUCAUCUCUACGCCCACUCCCCCCUCCAGCGACCUCGAGCUCUGACCUACCCGAGCCAGUCAGCUGCAGCUGUGACCGGCGGUCAGGAGGUUAAGGCAAAGGUUGAGUGUCACACCCACAGGGUCACAGUGAUGCCUGGCUGUUGUGUUAGCUUGUGAAUGAAGGGUUCAGAGUGCCAGACGAGGUGGCGAGCCCCUGACGGCCUGACUCUUGCCUGAGCUUGCCCUUUCCCGAGCAGAGGUCAGCACAGAAGGCCUGUCCUCGCCGCUUCCCCCCAAACCUCCAGGUCACCAUCGCUAUUGUUGUAAUAGCUGCCAUUAGAGCAGAUACAAUUAUCUUUCCAUUUUGUGUUCCCUCUCUCUAAGAUCUAUGUUAAGCUUUUAAGUUCAUCAAAGGUUUUUUUAGAUGACAUGACUGUUGUAACCUCUGGGUGACUCCUGUAUCAAAGAGGCCACAUUAUGCCAAAAUGUCCCAUGGAAAGAAAAAGUGUUUUAUCAUGCAUGGCUCAAUAUGUGCAUCUAUACAGAAGCGGAAGAAGUAUUCAGAUCCUUUACUUAAGUAAAACUAAUAUUACAACAUUUCAAUCUAUUUAAAAUCUUAGCAUUACCAACAAAAUGUACUUAAAUUAUCAAAGUAAACAUAUGCAUUCUGCAGAGAAAUGGCCCUACUAUGUCCUACAAUAUUAACAUUGUUAUUUAUUACUGAUGUAACAAUCAUAAGCAGCAUUUUACUGCUGUAGUUGGUUGAGAUGGACAGCUCAGCAUAUUAUUUUAGUUAUUAGUUAUUUAAGUAGUAGCUAUAUUUAUAUAACUAGUAAAUAUAGCUACUAGUAGCUACUAGUAGCUAUAUUUAUAUAGCAGAGUGAAAGUAUAAAGUUGCACAGCAUGGAAAAAGUAAAGUAAAGUACCUCUAAAGCUGAACUUAAUGACAGUAGGCUACUUGAGCAAUUACACUUGGUAACUUUCCACUUGUGCAUCUCUCAGUAAUACAGCCUCAGGAUUGUCAUUAUGUAUUAUUACUUCUCACUGUCAUCAUGAAUUCAACGGCCUGUCUGCGUCAUGAUGAGGAGAUACUUAGAUCCUUUACUUAAGUAAAAGCUGCAAUACCACACUGUGUACAAGUAUUACUAGCAAAAUGUACUUAAAAUACCAAAUCUAAAAGUACUCAGGGUAGAAAAAAGAACCCUGUGUGAUGUAUUAUUAUAUAUAAUUUUAUUUGAUUAUUAUUAUAUAACAUAAUAUAUAACAAAAGCACUUGUAAUCAAGUAACAGUAAGAGAGCAAAUAAAGAAAUAAGCAAUCAGGGAACGACAAAUACAGAGCAAUCCAAGAGUCAAUCCAAUAACUAUAAAAUAUAUCUAUGAAAAGCAACCUAAUGACCAGCCAAUAUUAUAAUUUUCACGCUCAACUACAUUAAAAUUAAUUAGUUUAAUCUAUAAUCUAUAUAGUAAUCUAAAGUAUGUAUGUUUAAUAAGAUCAUUGUGUUUUUAUAUCUAAACAAAUAACUAGUAAAUAUGGAGUCAGUGGUGUAUUGAAGUAAAAAGAACAAUAUUUAUGUAAUAAGUAUAAGUAUAAAAUGUCAAAUGGAAAUACUCAAGUAAAAUACCUUAAACAUUUACUUAAAUAUUUUCACACACUGCCUGGAACACAUUGAACUGCUGGAGGUUUUAAAUAAAGGAUAAUCAAACAUA